UCCUAACUGAAGUUGUUGUAAGCAAAGCCCUCUCUCUCUCUCUCUCUAUCUCUCUCUUUCUCUCUAUUCCUCUGCCUCUUCUGUAGUUGAGUGCAGACUGAGGAAAGUGAAGAUAGCAACUUGCAUCAUCUUUGAAGAUAAGGGAAAAAAUAGAAAAUGAUUUUUAGAAACCUCGUUAGAUCCACUCUCAGGAACACUCAGGCUGUUUUAUACAAAAAUCAUGUUGCGGCUGCUAGAAGUUUGCAGGAGCAUCUGGUUUGGGCUCCAGUGCUGGCCAGAUGGAACAGCACAGAGGCAUCCAUGCAAAGGGAAGAUGCAGAAACCGAGUUGAAGAAUGCUAAAGAGUUCCAGGGCCAUGAUAUGUUGGCACCUUUCACAGCCGGGUGGCAGGCUUCUGAUACAAAUCCUCUAGUAAUAGAGAAGUCUAAGGGUGCCUAUGUCUGGGACAUCAAUGGAAAGAAGUAUCUCGAUUCUCUGGCUGGUCUAUGGUGCACAGCUUUAGGGGGGAGUGAACCUCGACUUGUUGCUGCUGCAAUUGCUCAACUAAAUACCUUGCCGUUUUACCACUCCUUUUGGAAUCGUACUACAAAACCCUCUCUGGAUCUUGCAAAGGAACUUCUAAACACUUUUACAGCAACAAAAAUGGGAAAAGCAUUUUUUACAAAUAGUGGAUCAGAAGCCAAUGAUACCCAGGUGAAGUUGGUAUGGUAUUAUAAUAAUGCACUUGGAAGACCAAAUAAGAAGAAAUUCAUAGCUCGGGCAAAAUCGUACCAUGGAUCAACCCUAAUAUCAGCUAGUCUUUCAGGACUUCCAGCAUUGCAUCAAAAAUUUGAUCUGCCUGCUCCAUUUGUACUACACACUGAUUGUCCUCAUUACUGGCGCUAUCAUCUUCCAGGUGAGUCAGAAGAGGAGUUCUCAACCAGAUUAGCCAAUAAUUUAGAGAAUCUUAUCCUGAAAGAGGGACCAGAGACGAUUGCCGCAUUCAUUGCAGAGCCUGUCAUGGGAGCAGGAGGUGUGAUUCCUCCGCCUGCAACUUAUUUUGAUAAGAUCCAACCUAUCUUGAAAAAAUAUGAUAUUCUCUUUAUUGCGGAUGAGGUAAUUUGUGCAUUUGGAAGGCUUGGAACAAUGUUUGGAUGUGACAAAUAUGGCAUGAAACCAGACCUUGUCUCCAUGGCAAAGGCUCUGUCUUCUGCAUAUAUGCCAAUUGGAGCCGUUCUUGUGAGCCCUGAAAUUUCAGAUGUUAUACACUCUCAAAGCAACAAACUUGGUGUUUUUUCUCAUGGAUUUACUUAUUCCGGGCACCCUGUCUCCUGUGCAGUUGCAUUGGAAGCCCUCAAAAUCUACAAGGAAAGAAACAUUGCUGAGGUAGUACAGAGAAUUUCCCCAAAGUUUCAAGAUGGCAUAAGAGCCUUCUCCGACAGUCCCAUUAUUGGGGAGAUACGAGGAACUGGCUUGAUUCUCGGUACUGAGUUCACAGACAAUAAGUCACCUAAUGAUGUGUUCCCUCCUGAAUGGGGUAUAGGUGCAUAUUUUGGAGCACAGUGCCAGAAGCAUGGGAUGCUAGUACGUGUUGCAGGGGAUGGCAUCAUGAUGUCUCCCCCAUUUAUAAUCACCCCUGAAGAAGUUGACGAGUUAAUAAGCAUAUAUGGGAAAGCACUGAAGGCUACUGAAGAGAGGGUGAAGGAGCUCAAGUCCCUGCAGAAGUAAGCAGCAGGGGGCAUUUGCUGCUGAUGAUGACGAAAGGUCUGUUGGCUUCAUGUAUAGAAAACUCAAUAAUGUGUUGUUGAGAGUACUGGAACCUAAUAAAGCAUUUUCCCUUAUCAUGGACUUCUGAUA